AUGGAAAUGUCGGACGCCUUCAAUAACUACUGUAUCAGCUGUGAUCAGUUGUGUGCUGCCAACGCCAUUUACUGUUCCCCCCAAUGCAGAGACAAGGACGAACACAAUCACGUCACCAACUUGGAUGUUGCCAACGCAGACAUUGUCUCUCCUUUGCUCACUCCUUCAUUGUACCAGCAGCAGCAUCAGGUGCACGAGCUUGCCGCUUCGCCUUUGUUGUUGCCUUCAAACUUGAAUGACGCGGACAUGGACGAUCUCGUGUUGAACUACUCGGUGAAUCUGCUGCAGCCAAGCAAGGUACCAUCCUUGUCCACAUCGCAAAACUACCGCUUGUGGUUGACUGGAGUCAUGUGA